AUGGGAUGCAUCAAGAGGGACGCUAGCAAUGUUUUUAAAUGGAUCUUGUUGCUGUGCCUCUGCCUCUCCAAAUGCUCACAAGCCUUUCGUCCUGCCCCUCCUGUUCUGGGGGGCGCCACACGACGUCCAUACACGGCGUGGGGGGCGAGGCUGGGGAAGCAGGCAGGGGAAACACGAGAGAAGCUGUGCUCUCUCACAUACCACAAGCAAUCAGAUAGUUUGCAGAGAAAACAACGGCAAAAAAUCCUUGGGGGGCUGAGAUGCGCAUGCAAAUAUGUGGAGCUCAGUGAUGUACAGCAACCGAACGAGGAGAUGGAAGUCUCUGGGCUGAUCGCUCAUAGAAAGGGGUUUGGUCGGCAGUCAAAGGUGCAAGAGAAACGUCAAUCUGCUGCUGGGUCUGUUUGCUCCUCAGUCUCUGGUACAAAGUUCAGGGAGGGGUCGCUGAGCGACGGAAAGAUUCGCCAGGAAGGAGAAUUGCGGGUAGAGAGGUUCAAGGGAACUCUGAGACAAGAGGCUUAUAGCCAUCCUGGAACAAGAGAGACCAUGGCCAAGCAGGCAAGGUGGUUUCGUGACAAGCUGGAAGAGGUCAAUCUGCUUCGUAACCAUCCAUCGAUUCGUUUCCGUCCGGGUCAGAUCGUUUAUGGUCAGAGGGAGGACGGGAUGCUAGUUCAAGGGACGCUAAUCUCGAUACGGAGGUGCAAGAACAGACUGCUGUGCGGCAAAGUGAAGGUCUCGGCUGCUGCAUCUCAUGAUGCUGCAGCGGUCGACAAGGAGGAGUUCUUUCGCAUCCCUUGUAUCUUUCCCGUGGGCGGAUGUAACGGUGGACUCGAGACUGAGUUACACAAGAUGCUGCAAGGAAGGCGAGAAAGCUCGAGCAACGACGAGGACGAGCUUUUAGAGUGGGUCCAUUACGGGGAGAGACAAGAUGGUUCUGCUCUCAAGAUGUUUACUCAAGAUCUGGAGCCUUCGAUCGAAAAGAUCUUGUUGCGAUUAGAGCAAAAGCGAAAACUUCUAAUGCAAUUGCCCUUCCAAGCUCACAGUAUUGAGUUUUCAAAACACGAACUCAUUGAGGUGCGACAAGGUUUCCGUCGUGCGAUGGUGCGAGGAGAAACGCGUCUGAUGCGCUUCUGUGAAGUGCUUGCAAGGACCAUCUAUGGAGAUUCAAAGUUUAGCAGGAGCUCAGUGGUGACAGGUGAAACGAGAAGAGCGCAGCGCAGGGAAAGAUUUACCAUCAUGGAGCCACUGCCUGACGAGACACUAUGGGCGCUCAUGCCGGGUCAGGAGCUCGGCUCUACCCUGCUGUCAUCUAUGCAGGUGCUGCCUAUGCAAUCGCUCAAUCGCGCUCUUCACGGUCGUUCAGCAUUUUUGGAGCGUGUUGGGCUGAAGCAGAAGGAGUUUGUUCACUCCGACGACUGGCAGAAGCCCAAGCUGAUAUCGCACUCGGUGAUGUACGAAGCCCUCACUUCCCUUGAUGUCGAUCGAUCGGGAGGAAUCCUGAGAUUCUCGGGAUACAAAAAGAGCGACGACGAAGUUUUUGACAUGGUGGCCGACAAGCUUUGCAACCUCGACGCCUUCAUAGGGUCGUCGACAACGCGUGGGAGGUACAGCGACUCGCAGUACAUCAGGAACAUCCUGUCGGUUCGGAUUGUUGUUGAGAGUGCGAACCAGGGGAGAAAACUGCUUGACCGCUUACGAGCAACGAGAUUCACGCCUGCCGUGCUUCAUGAUGCCGACAUCCCCUUCCUCGGUCGAGAACAAGGGGAGUGCACGGAACGAUUGGAGAUCUUGGAGGUGCAGGACCAUCUUGACUAUGCGAUGGAAUCCGUGAGGAAAGCUCCCUUGGAGCGAGAUGAGGAGCGAGCCAACGGCUGGCGGGGCCUCGUGGUGAUGGUCAGAUGGUGGGGAGUUCCGAUCAUGAUUGUAAUCAAGCCGCUCGAAGUGUUCCACCUGGAGCAGGAGCUGUCGACGGCUGAAAGCAGAGUCAUGUACAAGGAGAGACAGAACAAGGCUCGAUCUGCUGUCGCAAAGCGAUGGCCCAUCUUCGCUCUCAUGCGCUCCCUCGUCCAUUGGAUGUUCGUCGACGCUUAUGCCGACCCUACAGACCUUGAAGCACCUAAGGUUGCUAACACACCAAGAAUAACACUGAGAAUAACAGAUUAG